UGCAACAUGAGCACAGAUUUAAAAGAGAGCACAAGAACAAAAUUUCUGUGAGUGGGACAUUUGAACUAUUUUUUGUUUUGACGUUUCAAUUCUAACCCAAAAUUUUGUCAAUUUCGACAAACUCAAAAAUUCAAAAGAUGGAGACGCAUUCGAGGAAGAAAGAAUGGUCUAAAUAUGCAAAAGAAUAUGACCCCAUUAAAAUCGGAUCAAUUGACGGUACUGAUGUAGAUCCUCAUGAUAAGGCUAUAGUUAGAGCUAUUAAUUCUGAAUAUUACCCCAAUAAACACGUGAAGGGACAACCAGAAUGUACAAUUUUUGUGAGCCGGUUAAGUUGUAAGACAACUAAAGAGGAUAUAAAUGAAAUAUUUUCCAAAUUUGGAAGGAUACGCAGAUUCAGGCUUGUCAAAGAUAUUGUCACAGGAAUGCCAAAAGGGUAUGCCUUCAUAGAAUACGAAGAAGAAAAUGAUGCCGAAGAAGCUUAUGUGAAAGCCAAUAAAAUGGUAGUGGAUGGUAGACCAAUAUUUGUAGAUUUUGAGUGUGAAAGGCUUUUGAAAGGUUGGAAACCUAGGAGGCUUGGAGGUGGUUUUGGAGGAAUGAAGGAAUCGGGACAGUUAAGAUUUGGUGGUAGAGACAGACCAUUUAGAAAACCAUUUUACUUGGAUGCAAAUGUACAUGAGACAAGUCACAGAAGAGAAUUGAGUAGACGUGUUUCAAGUAAACUGAAAUGAAGAUAAUACCUCAGCUGGGACAACCACUUGAACUCCUUAUCACUACUGACACCUUUUUUGUUGAGCUCCUCCACAACAUCUUUAGCAUGGACAUCGAUUACGAUCAGAGCUUUGAUGGUGAUACGGUUCAAGUUGGAUAGU